AUGAAUGUUGAAUUUGGCAAAUGCUCGUUAAAGCGUACCAGUGCUGAGGAAAGUACUCCUGAAAAGUUCCAGCAAAGUAAAAAAGAAGAUAACUUCAAGUUUGGUCAUCUUUAUGAUGGAGAGCAUACCGAAAAGGCAAAGCACCUGCCAUUUAUGCUUAUUCACCAUACAGUUCCAAUGGACACCGUCAUUUCAGAAAUGCUUCAUGAAUGGAAAAUACAUCUUCCAAAAAUUGUAUUGCUAAUCAUAUCCGGAUCCAAAAACCAUUGUUCCGACUACCACAAAGUAAAAAAGCUUAAGUCUUUGCUAACAGAAGGAUUGGUAAAUGCUCUGCAUACGACUGAAACAUGGGUAUGUUUGGACAGCCUUGACCGGGAAUUCGGUAGGAAACUUGGAAAGGAACACGAAAAAGAAACAUAUCAUCGGAAAGUCUUGAUGAAAAGUAUGCAGAAACGAGAUUCCUUUUAUCCAAACAGUGCUUUGAUCGGUGUGUGCGCCACCAACAAGGUUAAUGUAGUUGAAAAGUUUGGAUUGGAAGACAGUGAGGAUCACGGUAAAGAAAAUGGCAACUUAAACAAGCAUUUGAAUUAUUACAUAUUUGUUCAGGCUAAGAAAGAACAAAGUAAGAGAAAUGAAGAAUUUGUUAUUUUGAAUUUUAUUAAAUAUCUUGGACAAGACAAAAGGAUAGGAAAUACUGGAGUCCAGGAUGACAGAAGUAUACCUAUAAUGGCGAUUAUUUGUCAAGGUGAUUUAGAACAAAUUGAUCUUGUUCUAAAGUGUAUGAAAAAUAAUUUUCCUGUUUUGGUAAUUCAGGGAUCAUGUGGAUUGGCAAAUUUAUUAUUUUUUACUUAUAGCCAGGUGAUUCGCCGCCCAGAGAGCACAAACGAAGCUGAGUAUUUAGAAACAGUUGUAAAGCCCCAGGUUGUUCUAGAAAUAAAUCGGCAUUUUCCUAAUUUAUACAAUUCAGGAGUUUCAGACAGGAAACUUUGCAGUAAAUUGAUAGACUGCAUAAGAUAUUCAAAACAAGGGGAUCGCGAAUUUAUGACCAUAUUGAAACCUAGUGAUUUAGAAACCAGCAGUGAAUCUUUAACUACUUUUCUCUUAAAAGCGUCUCUCAAAAGCCAACUUGAAGUUCAAAGUAAAGAUUUCCACCAUGUGAAAGAUAAUCUGCUUUUGGCUAUAGACUGGAAUUGCCCGGAAGCAGCCAGGACAGAAGUGUUUUCCAAAGAUGUAACUAGUAAAUUACACGCUGAUCAUGAAAUGUUUGCCAAAGUUUUAAUUGCGCCAAGAAGGGAAGAAUUUGUAGACAUGUUCUUAAGCCAAGGUUUUAAAGUUCAUAAAUUUCUUGAUGGUGAUACAUUAACUAAUCUUUUUGCCGUUUCUUUGAAUCGAGAGUAUUUCAGAACAGUGAUUUGGGAAACUGUUUUUGGACUCGGAAAGACAGCAGUUAUGUCCCGACAUUUUAUAGACACUAAAUUAAUAAAGUUGUUACAAAAGCUAACAAGCAUCCCGGACAUUAUCAGCACUAAGACUUUAGAUCAAAACGCGAGAGGAAUGUAUAGUAAAUACUCAUCUACACAUGCAGAGCAAAAAGCUCUCGUUGCAUUAGCUAUUUGGAGUAUAUUGUCAUACCGAAUUAGUCUCGCUAAAGUAAUAUGGAAAUACUCAGCUCAACCAAUUCAUUUGGCUCUUGUUUAUUCAAUAAUUCUUAAUAAGACCCAAUAUUCAAUACCGGAGUUUAUUCUGAAUGAUGAAAUAAAGAAAGACGUCAUGGAGUUUAACUUGAUGGCUGCGGAAUUAAUGGCUCUCUGUUACGAAAAAAGCACCCAACGUGGUUUGAAUUUACUGCGUGAUAAGGACGAUUUAUGGUCAUUUAAGCCUCUAUUGGAAAUAGCUGCUUUUGCAAAGAAUCGCCAAUUUAUUGCAACCGAGUGCUGCCAGCUAUAUUUGGAUAACCAAUUAAAUGGUAGGCUGAUCAUAAAAGAUUUGCCUUAUGGAGAUUUUACAGUACCUAAGGGCGUAAAAAUUAUUCUGGCUGCAUUAUUUGUUUUCCCAAUGUGGUUUUGGGUUGAUCCACCCGAAGUUGAAACAGCAUCAACUGAAUCAAAUGAACUGAAACAAAUUGAAAAUAAUAUUGAGAAAAUUGAUUCGAAGACUUUUAUAAAAAGGGAUCUCGGUUCUGCACUUUUAAAAAGUAUUUACAAUUUGUAUAGCUCACCAAUAUGUAAAUUUUGGUUAUGCCAAGUGUUUUACGCGAUAUAUCUUUUUUUAUUCAGCAUUGCCGUUUUGUGGCCUUCGUGUGGAAAUCCACGUUUGGAUUUCUGGAUGAGUGUAUGGACAGGAGUAAUUAUUAUCGAUGCACUAUACCAGAUACUAAUUUUACCAGAGAGUGCUUCUUUAAAGUUAAGGUACAUCGAAGUUCUAUGGAUGAUAAUAUUUUUCUUAUGUUACACAAGUAAUAGAGUGCUAAUGUAUAAAAACUUCAUCACUCCAUAUGUAAUAAAAGUCAUAUUAUGUUUGGCAUUAUUAUUUUUCUUCUAUCGAGUGAUUUUUCGAGCUUUUACCCUUUCACCAAAAUUAGGACCUAUGUUAUAUCAAAUCAAAAGAAUGGCACUUGUUGAUUUCUUAGGUUUUAUCAGAGUAACAGCGCUCAUCAUGUUCAGCAACGGUGUAGUGAUACACGCAAUUAUCUAUCCGGAUUACCCGUUCACGUACGAGCUUUUUAAAAGAAUAUUUUACAGAACUGCACUAUCCCUAUUUAAAAUGACAGUACCUGAACUUGGAACAGUUCACCCGAAGUGUAUAAGGCUUAAGAGAUCUCCAAACGGACUCAGUUUUUAUGGACUCCCUGAUUACGAGUGCAGGGUUGGGAAAUACUUUUUACCAGAAUGCCCGAAUCCAGGAAUCUGGCCUUAUGUUUUCAGUUUUCAAUAUUUCCUUUUACUUCGCAUUGUUCUUUUGACAUUAUUAAUGGCGUUAUUUAGCAAUACGCAAACGAGAUUGGCAGAAGUAGGUACUGAAAUUUGGAAAUAUCAUCGUUAUCAAACGAUUUAUGACUUCUCCAAUCGCGUUGCUUUUCCAGCUCCUUUUAGUCCAAUCAUGUACUGCAUUAAAUUCUUCAAAUGCAUUUAUUCUUUCCUCUGUCGAACAAAAAGUAGAAAAUGUCGAGCAGGAGCUAUGAAAGAAGAAGAUUUACAGUAUUGGAAGGAUCUAACUUCAGAUUACUACACGCGCAAUUUGAAAGAAACCGUUCGCGUUGAAAAUUCUUCGAAGUCUCGUAUAGAAAAAUGGAUUUUUUUAAAAGAAGAAAUUGGCAAGCAGAAACUUAUGAUAAGAAAUUGGCAAGGGCACUUGACGGACAUACAGAUUCGAUCAAAACACACUUAUAAGGUCUUGAGAAACAGUCAAUUACAAGUAUCUCUUAGAAAACGACUAGGAAUGGAGAAUGUACCACAGCUAUUUUCCAGGAUCAGUCCAUACCCCAAUACACAGGUAUUCCGAUUUCCGGUUUCAGAUAAGCGAGUGCAAUGGAGCAACAGUUGGCAAAAUUACGAACCAAUUGCUUAUACAAUGCCGAAAGAAGACUUUUCGCCCGAUGUACGCCCAUACGUUGAUAUUGACAUACAGAGAAUUAGAGAAGCUGAAGGGGAUGACUUUAAAAUGCCCAUGUUUCAGUGGAAUACAUCGUCCGUCAGUCCGGUAGGUAUCAGUUAUAAUCGCCUGUCUUGGAUUCGAAAUAAAUUUGGCAACCCUUUCAUGUACAGUCUGGAUACCGAUGACUUGCCAAUGAAUCCCCAGGGAAGAACAGGUCUCCGAGGUCGUGGUUAUCUUCCUCGAUGGGGACCCAAUCACCAUAUCUACGUUAUUGUCACUCGUUGGCAAGAAGUUGAGUCAGCGUUUUAUCAUCAAUAUCUUGAAGUUGUUUUAUCCACUAAAGAUGAUUUGUUUUUACCCGGAGGUUUUGUUACGUCUGAAAACCCCUAUUCCACUAUACGAACGAUUUUUCAAGCGAUUGAUGAAUGGUUUUCGGAAGAAGACAUGUUGGAUUUUUUUAAAUCAUUGUCGAGUGAUAUUCAUGUUACCAAAGCCAAAAAUAGACGCGCUUCCAUCCACGGUAAAACUCAGUCGGCAGGUGUUGAAGAAAAUGACGCAAUGAUUUCUGAAAGAGUUUUGAAAGGUUAUCUAGACGAAGCUGUUAACACAGAUCAGGCAUGGUGCGAAGCUGAAGUUUGGCAUGUUCAUUAUGAUGGUUUAUGCAAAAUUGAUCACUAUUUUGAUAGUGAUUUUAAAUGGGUCGUUUUGAAUGAAGAAAUUCUGAAUAGAGUUCCACCAGGUCAAGCUUAUCUCUUGAAUCACGUUGCAAAGAAAAUGAAGGCUAGUUUAGAUGUCUUAUAA